AUGAGUAAAAGGAUGUGUUAUCAAUCUUUUGAAGGAAUGUUUGAUAAUGGAAUCAGAACAAUUUCAUCAAAAGAUACCUUCUCAACACAUUCAACUCCAAAAUUUUAUGAAUCUAAUUUUAAUUAUAUUAUUCAUGAGUUAAAUAAUUUUACUUUUAAAAAGGCAAUAAUUGACAAGGAAAAAGAUUUUUUAAAAAAAACAAUGGAUUUUCUUUAUAGUCUUCAUGAUAAAGUUUCAAUUCAUAAUGUUACAAGUUUUGAUUUAUGUAUUUCAUAUGUUCCUACUCGCAAAGAGUUAACUAUUGAGGAACUUCUUCAAAAACGUACUAUACCAAUGUAUUUUACAAUUAAUGAAGAAAAUAUAUUAUUAAGUUUGACAGAGAAAAAUUUUAAAAUAUGGUUUAAAAAUGAAAUUAUAACAAUUUUAGAUUUAAUUGAAAUUUACAAAUUAGAUAAUAUUAAUUAUAUUAUACAAAAUGUUAUUAAUGAUAUAACAAGACGUCCCAAAAUUGGUGCUAAUAUAGGUAAAAAAAGACUUGAAAAUGAGAUGUAUUCUUGUUAUAAACGUGUUAUUGGUUUAUACUCUCUAAUAACAACUGAAGUUAUGUAUGAUAUUCAAAAAAGAAAAGGUCUUUUUAAAGAAUUAAAUUUUGUUAAAAGAUUGUUAGAAAUUCUUACUUAUUCAAUGGAUACAUUAAGUAUAAGAUAUGUUUAUUUUAUUACAGAACUCACCAAUCAUUAUCCAAAAACUUCAUUUGGAUCUGGAUCAUCAAAAAGAUUAAGAGAUAUUGUUAUGAGACCAGAAUCUGAUUUUGCUGAUUUAGGAAUUUCGGUUCUCAAUAGUUUAUUAAAUAUUUUUUAA